GGCCACAUGGACACCAUGGUGCUGCAAGUGCGGCGCAGCCUCACCUUCCUGGUGGAGCAGUACUCCGGGAUCAGCUCGGCAGGGGCCCGCUGGGCAGCCAUGGUGUUGUCCACGGACUGGACGGAAUACAGAGUGGCACCAGAUAUCAAAGGAGCUGUGCUGGUGAGCGGCGUGUACGACCUCGAGCCCAUCCUGCACACCUAUGUGAACGAUGCGCUGAACAUGAGGGGGUCGCCCAGAGGUCGUGGCGUGCCCCCAGCAGCACCUGCAGCUGCGGCCUGUGAGGUCCUCGUGGCUGUGGCCCAGCAUGACUCCCCGGAGUUUCGCAGGCAGUCACAGGAGUACAGCCAGGCCCUGCGCGCAGCUGGCUGGUCCGUCUCCCUGUUGGAUCUCGCUGGUGUGGAUCACUUUGACAUCAUUGAGAAGCUGUCGGAGGACACCUAUGUCCUCACUCAG